AUGAAAGCUUCUCCAACACAAACCCCAUCAAGAGAACUUUUCUGAAUUCCAUUAAUUUUCUUUUCCUCCUCAAUAUCGCUGAUUUUUGUAUCAUUAACACAAAAAAGCUGGGUUAUUUUAGAAAAUGAAGAGUUUUCGUUUAAUAUGAGCUUGGCAAGAUGCACAAAUUGCCCAAGUUUCUAUGAAAAUUGAACCUGAAAAUGCUUUACGAAAUUUGUAUGUGAUUCUAUUGAUAAUUCAACAAAUUGUAUGAUUUAUAGCUAUGGAUUUAAGGCCAGCUCUUUGCUUUAUUUUUUAGACUUGAUAUCUUAUGUGCUUGGCCUUAUUGUGAUUGAAAAACUGAUAUUAGCAUUAAAUUGAAGAUAUUAUGGGAAUAAAGCUGUAUUGAGCUUGUCUGCUGUUUUUAUGGUCCUGACACAUGUAUCCGGUAUAUUGAUUUGAUUUUUUAUUGAAUGGUCUGAUUUUGAAACAUUUAAAAAUAAUUUUGAUUUAUAUUUAUUUAAAAUAAAUAACAAAUUUUUAUAGUAAAAUAAUGGCUAUUAGUAUAUAUAGCUUAUACACUGGUAUGGGAUUUCUCCAUAGAUGCGCUUAAAAUAGAUGAUUGAAGUGUCUUAGCUUUCGCACUAAGGAAGUAAGCCAGAUAUUUCGAAUUGCAGGACCAUUAAUCCAAUUAAGAAAGGGCCUUGAACAUGAUCCUAGAAAAUUAAAUCUUUUGGUAAUUAGUAUUGCUCUUUAAUAGAGUUUAUUUAACUUUAGUUAAUUUAAAUUUAGAAAUACUUUAGUCUUCGCUACUCAAGAGCAUCUGGUUUCUUCCUCAAGUCCGAAUGCUAAGACACUUCAAUUGUCUAAGCUAACUCCCCCCCCUCGAAGUUCGACCAAGAUUUUUUUGGUCGAACUUCGAGGGGGGUUAAGAAAAAAUUAUAUAGAAUUUUUUUUACAUAAUUUAGUAGUUAAAAAAAAAAUAUUUAUCAUAUUCUUCUGUAGAUCUUAUGGAAUUGAUCACCCCAAGUUUCUUCGCCACCAAUCCAUGCUUAAAGAGUUAAUUAUUUAAAAAAAAACUCUUAAAAAAUUAAUUUUAAAUUAAAAAUUUAAAAAACAUUUGAGAAAAAUUUUUAUAGUGGUGAAGGGGUCAAGUUUUCGAGCUCUAAUUUCAGAAUUGAAAAUUCAGCUAACUCUCUCCUUAAUUAAUCUACUGCCCUUAAAACAAUUGGUCUUUUGAACUAAUUCAUAAGAUCGAAAAAUAAUAUUUUCCUAGUAAAUUUAUAUAGGUCUUGGUCGAACUUUGAGGGGGGUUAAUUUUUCCAAAAAAAUAGGAAUUUUCCCUAUAUCUUGGUCGAACUUCGAAGGGGGGGAGUAAAGACAUCUAUAGAGAAAUCCAUAACAGCGCAUGAGCUAUAAUUAUAAAGGUAUAUAUUUUCAGCAAGGACCUAUUAUUGGGCUAAUAAAUAUCAGCUUUUGCUUUUUAUCUUUGGCAUCUCUCUGAAUUAUUAUGUGAAAAGUUGGAAAAAUAAAGCAUAUACAAAACAGCAUAUCACUUACAGCUUGCAUAAAAUCCAAAACAUUUCAUAGCUGGAUGAUAGUUGUAGGGGUGCUGCUAGGAAUCUCCUUUUUUACUGUUUUAUAUGCUACUUUUUAUGAUACAUGAAUAAUCCGAUUUCAUGAAAAUAUUUCGUGGAAUGGAGGGCUGUUUUAUUGUAAUCAUUGUGAAGAACUUUUUCCUCAUUUAGAAUGGGAAUGCUUAUCUCUCGAAUAUUGCAGCAUUGAUCCUUCCAGUCGUACAUGCAAAAUUUUUACAGAUAUUUCUGAUGCAAAUGAAAUUUAUUUUUUAUUUGAAACUCUUGCAUUGGUAUCAUUCAUAUUUUUUAUGCAAGCUUAUAUAAAUAUUUUACGUGGGAAAAAUUAUGGAUUUCCAAUAAUGUCUUAUAUUUAUGUAGUUUGUAUUCCAAUAUUCAACCUUUUGGCAUUAAUAUCCUGAGUCCUUAUAAGCAAUAGAAAUAAAUGAUGAUGCCCAACAGAGAUGGACUCCGAGGAUAAGCAGAUAGGACCUGUUCCGAUGAAGCUGAAAAUAGUGUCUUUGCCACUUUUUGAAGCAGGCCUUUGGGUUUGGCGAUGUCUACUGAAGAGGGAAGUUUUUGGUUCUCCCUGAAGGGUUUCCCUGUUUCUGCUGCCAGAUAGGCAGGCUCAUGGUUUAUCCGCUUAUGGCCUUAUAAUUUUAACUUUAAUUUAUAAGCAAUGUAGACAUCACUUUUAGUUGCAAAAGUGACGCAAAAAAUAUAGAAAAAUCAGAUGCAUGCUCUUAUUACGGCCCUCUUAUACAUAUCUCCUCGAAUUUAUUCUUAAUUCCUAUGGCAGCUAUUUUUUGCUAUGCAUUUUACAAGAGAGAGUCAAUUAGCAAUAGAGUAAAAAUGGAAGAAAUUACAGAAAAUACUGAAAGAAAUGCGCCAAAAUCCCAAAUUUCUAGUAAAAAUGAAUCAUAA